CGCAGAAAUUACUUCUCAAAAGCUUCAACUGUAAACAUAGCACCACCUCCCGAUCUUUUUUUACUCUGUGAUAUCCUGGUAAUUUGUAUAUUGUAGCGAUUUCGGAGAUAAAAAGCUACUGCAGUUUUUGCUUCUAUAAUCAGAUUCACAAUCACUUCGGAGGAAAUCCACCCGAAGAGCAUAAUCCAUUGAGUACCCUACCGAUUUACACCCAACUAAUUUUACAGAGGGAUGGAAAAGGGUUGCUGGUAACACCCAAAAUAUAUAUUCAGCAAAAUGCUACAGAUUUACCUAUGCCUGAGUGUUGUUGUCAACAUGGUCGUCUUGCAGGAGGUUGAGGAACCUGUUUCAUACACGUGUACAGAUGGCUAUGAAUUUGACAUUGAUCGACAAGAAUGCAAAGACAUUAACGAGUGUGCCACGGUGCCUGAUGCCUGCAAAGGUGGCAUGAGGUGCAUCAACCAUUUCGGAGGCUACUUCUGCCUGCCCCAGAAUGCCAAGAUUAUAGUCAGUAAUGGUGACGAAGAGCCAACCUUGGCCCCUGUGGUACAAGAACAUCCCCCUCCUGCACCAGUUCCUGCUGGGUCUGCCGGACAGAGGACCCAGAGCUUCAUCCACAGUCAAAGCACCAUGCAGUGUUCUACAGGGUUUGUGGUGGAUGAGCUCAACUAUUGCCGAGAUGUGAAUGAGUGUGAGGGGAGACACCCCUGUCAGCACCAGUGCUACAACAUAAUGGGCUCUUUCAUCUGCCAGUGUGAGCAAGGCUACGAGCUAGCCUCUGACCAAGCCUCCUGCCAAGAUAUCGACGAGUGCGCUUUCUCAAGUUACAUGUGCCAGUGGCAGUGCCUCAAUCAGCCCGGAGGGUAUGUCUGUGCCUGUCCUGAGGGAUACCAGAUCCAAGGCAACCGCAUGUGCCAAGACAUAGAUGAGUGUGAAACAGGACACAACUGCCGCGAGGAUGAGAUGUGUUGGAACUACUAUGGCGGUUUCCGCUGCUACCCCAGAAACCUUUGCCAUGAGCCCUACGUGAAGACCGGAGAGGGACGUUGCAGCUGCCAGUCACUCACCGGUUGCCAAGGGGUGCCACAGUCUAUCGUCUACAAGUACAUGAGUAUCUCAUCGGAGCGCUCAGUCCCAUCCGACAUCUUCCAGAUCCAGGCCACCAGUGUCUUCCCGAACAUGCACAAUACAUUCAGGAUCAAGUCGGGGAACGAGGGAGGGGAGUUCUUCCUCAGGCGCUCCAACAACCUCAGUGCCAUGCUGGUGAUGACAAAGCCGCUGACCGGACCACGGGAGCAUGUGAUCGACCUGGAAAUGAUCACCCACAGCAGUGUCCAAAACCAUCGCUCCAGCUCUCUGCUCCGACUCACCAUCAUUGUGGGACCCUAUGCAUUCUAAGUUCCACUUCUAAGUUGCUCUAAAGCACAGAUCUAAUAUCAGUUUACCUGCACUGUAUCUCAUAUUAACCAUCAAGGGAGAAAAUGACAAAUUAAUGUUAGAUCUGUAUCUAGGGGCAGUCUCAUCUUACUCUAACUAUUUGCCAGACUCUUACAAGGCCUACUCUCUGUACUGCUUGUAUCUUAUAGAGAUAUCCACAUACAUCCCUGCAAGGGUUUCCCAAUCAUGGUCCUAACAUAGUAGUUUGUUGGCUUUUUUUUUUGCCUUCAUACAUUGCAAUCAAAGUUUGUGAUCCACCGGUUAAGCACUAGACUGGGUGACAUGUUUUUGUCUUAGCUCAAAGUGUGUAGUCUUUUGUUGGAGAACAAAUGUGAUCAUUUGCAGUGCACACACACACAGAAACUGAGCACAUACUGAAGGAGCAGGAGGAUGAAUUAGCCAGGCCACAAUAUAGUCAUUUGAUGCAUCACUAGCUAACGAUAACAUUGAAACAUAACAUGACUUAAACUGAGCAACACUCAAAAAAAGAGCUUCUUAUUCAUCCCUUACUUGACACGCAUUGUAAUGUAGUAGGAACAUUGGAUUGUGUCAAAUCUCUAAACUUUGUUUGCUUAAGAUGUGUUCUCUGGGAAAGAAAUUAACACUUCUUGAAAUCAUACUUGCCCAUUGUAUAAUGGAACAUAGUUGCCAAGUGAGGUUGUUAACUGAUUUUGUUUCCAUUUGGAAUGCUUUUCAUUUAUGUAGUUGAAAAGAAACCUACUGUAAUGCGAUGUUAAUAUGAAUACCAAAUGGCUUUGAAAAAGGGACAUAUCCGUUUCAGUUUUCUUGGAGAGAAAUAAUAUCUUGUGAAUAGCAUUCAAGCAUGUGACCAAAUUACGCAAUAUUUUAUUUCUGGGUUAAACAAUAUUUAUAAGGGCAACAAAGGUACUUGAAACAGGCAAGCUUGUUGGCUAAGUGUGAUUUAUUGGGUUACAAGGGAAAUUAUUUGGUUAGGACUGCAGCAGAACAGUUUCAAAAGUGUUGGAAUUUAAUGGCAUUGUUCAAUGAAUGGAAAUGUACGGUCAUGUCAACCUCCAUCAGAGAGUUGCUUAGCAAUCUUUGUCCAAUGGGAAUAAAGCAAUGAUACUUUUUGGAUGCAAAAUUGAUAUUUUCAGGAAAUCAUUGGCAAUGCAGUUUGGUCAUAUAGGCAGGGGAAUUGCUCAAUGUGUCUGUAUGUUUGCCAGGGUGCCUUUUGAUUCUGCACAGCAUAUUCAGUCAAUGAUUGGCAACUAAACUGGUUCAGUCAUUUUGAGUAUUUAAUAAGGAGUCAUUGAAUUGCAGUUUCAAAGUAGAUUGUUUGCUUCAAAGUAGAUAACUUUUUGAAAUAAAUGGUAUGCUUGACAAUCAACAGGGAAGCUCAAUUGAAUCAAAAGGUUCCCACUUACGAUAAGGUGCCAUUUUCACUGUGUGGAUACUAUAUAUGGAUACUGCAGGUAUAGUAUAAUAACAAUAUAACAUAUCUCCGUUGUACUUAUAUAAUUACCAUGUAGCCAAUCAUAUUAUGUGGAACCAAAUGGCUACAUUCUAAUAUGAAAAUGAUUUAUUGGGGUUAAAACAAAGUAAUUGAAAAUUGCCAACAUAAAUAUAUGUCUUAUUGGAUAAUAAGGAAAGUCAUGUUAGUCUAAAAAAUAAACAAUGUAAACAUUUGUAUAUAUAUUUACCAAUCACAAUUUUGUUACAGCUUUUGAGAAUAUAUACUUCUUUUUUAAAUAAAAGAUAAAUUUCACUCAGUCAUUUAUUGUUUUUAUUCAAGGUUUAGUAGAUUUUAGUAAGCAUAUAUUUUAGG